UUAUUAAGAACUUUUUUUUUUUCUGAGAUAGAGUCUCUGUCACGCAGGCUGGAAUGCAAUGGCAUGAUCAUAGCUUACUGCAACCUCUGCCUCCUGGGAUCAAAUGGUUCUCCUGCCUCAGCCUCCCAAGUCCCUCCUGGGACUUCAGGGAUGUGCCACCAUGCCCGGCUAAUUUUUGUAUUUUUAGUAGAGAUGGGGUUUCUCCAUGUUGGCCAGACUGGUCUCAAAUUCCUGAUCUCAGGUGAUCCACCUGCCUCAGCCUCCCAAAGUGCUGGGAUUACAGGCAUGAGCCACCACACCUGGCCGUAUUAUUAAGAAUCUUUAGGCCAUUUUGCUGGAGCCUGUGACCCAGUGGGAGUGGAGUAGAGCGGCCGUUGUUGCCGACUCUUUCCUCUUUCCUGCGGUCGAGUCAGCGGGUUAAGUAGGCCAUCGGCCCUCGAGCCGAGACUUGUCUCUUUCUUAGUUCUGGGGAGCGUCUGGUCGACAUGAGUGAUGUAGAGGAGAACAACUUCGAGGGCAGAGAGUCUCGCUCUCAGUCAAAAUCUCCAACGGGAACUCCUGCUCGUGUAAAAUUGGAGAGCAGGUCAGGAUCUCGUAGUCCAUCAAGGGUUUCCAAACACUCUGAAUCCCAUUCUCGAUCAAGAUCAAAAUCCAGGUCAAGGUCAAGGAGACAUUCUCAUAGACGUUAUACUCGAUCCAGAUCCCACUCUCACUCUCAUAGGAGACGAUCUCGAAGUAGAUCAUAUACACCAGAAUACCGGCGGCGAAGGAGCCGAAGCCAUUCUCCAGUGUCUAACCGGAGAAGACAUACUGGCAGCAGGGCAAACCCAGAUCCCAACACUUGCCUUGGAGUGUUUGGCCUCAGUUUGUACAUAACAGAGAGAGAUCUUCGUGAAGUAUUUUCUCGAUAUGGACCAUUGAGUGGUGUCAAUGUGGUUUAUGAUCAGCGAACGGGGCGAUCUCGAGGAUUUGCUUUUGUAUAUUUUGAGCGAAUAGAUGACUCAAAGGAGGCUAUGGAAAGAGCAAAUGGAAUGGAGCUGGAUGGUAGAAGAAUUCGAGUGGAUUAUUCUAUCACCAAGAGAGCGCACACACCUACACCAGACAUCUACAUGGGCAGACCAACCCAUGGUGGUGGUGGUGGAGGAGGCGGCGGCGGUGGAGGUGGAGGUGGUGGCAGACGUCGAGAUUCUUACUAUGAUAGAGGUUAUGAUCGUGGGUAUGACAGAUAUGAAGACUAUGAUUACCGGUACAGAAGACGAUCACCUUCUCCUUAUUAAAGUCGAUACAGAUCACGAUCACGAUCUCGUUCCUACAGCCCAAGACGCUACUGAAAACGGAAUGGUUGCAAUUAAGGACAUUUUUCCUCUUUUUUUUUUAAAUUCUGAGAUUUCCCCAAGCUUCGGAUUCUUCCUA